GCACACAGAGUAACAUUCUUCUAUUUGUCGAGAGCUUUUAACUGGAAGCAGAAUUUGGGGACACAGCAGCCAUGCCAAAGCAAAAGAUAAACCUGAUGGAGGUUUGGAAUAGGAAUCGAGCUGCUCACCCAAACAGAGCUAAGAACCUAAAACUAUGGCCUCGUCAACUGGCACAACUGAGAGACCCCGAAGUGGUGGCAGCCCUCCUUCAGCAGAAUGUCAAGAUGGCGAGCCUGCUCCCUCCCACAGGUGCCGAUGUGUUCCACCCCUUCACUUUGGAGUCGCUCGCCGAGAUCGAGCGGCGGAUGGCAGAAGAAGCCACCGAGCAGGAACAGAUGAAGGCCUCGAAUAUCGAGGUACCUGAGGAGGAUCUGCCCAAACCCAGCAGUGAUUUGGAAGCAGGAAAGGUCCUACCAUUCAUCUACGGAGACCCUCCACCAAAUCUCCUCAAUGUUCCUCUUGAAGAGUUGGAUCCAUUCUACAAAGCAAAAAAAACGUUCAUUGUGGUCACCAAAGGGAAUACAAUAUUCCGAUUCAAUGCUGAACCUGCAUGCUACAUUCUAAGUCCACUCAACCCUAUUCGACGAGCGGCCAUAAGAAUACUCAUACACAAAUUAUUUAGCAUGUUCAUCAUGCUAACCAUCUUGUCAAACUGUGUGUUCAUGACGAUGGGUGACCCUCCAGCAUGGAGUAAAAUAGUAGAGUACGUUUUCACUGGCAUCUACACCUUUGAGGCGCUUGUAAAGGUGCUGUCCAGAGGCUUCUGCAGGGGUGAUUUCACAUUCCUGCGAGAUCCGUGGAAUUGGCUGGAUUUUAUGGUCAUCACCAUGGCGUACGUCACAGAGUUUGUGGACUUGGGGAAUAUAUCUGCUCUGAGGACAUUCCGUGUUCUUCGGGCCCUAAAAACAAUUACUGUAAUUCCAGGUCUUAAAACCAUUGUUGGCGCCUUGAUUCAGUCGGUGAAGAAAUUGGCGGAUGUCAUGAUCCUCACUGUCUUCUGUCUCAGCGUGUUUGCUCUCAUUGGCCUGCAACUGUUCAUGGGAAAUUUGCGGCAAAAGUGCAUCAAGUCUUUUGCCUGGAGCAACAGUGAUAACCUGACCAUGCUCUUCAAUCACACAGACAUCAAUGGCACUGAAACAGCCAACAGCACAUUCAACUUUCAGGAAUAUAUUGAAAAUCUAGAAAACUACUAUUAUGUGCCUGGCCAUAUGGAUCCGUUACUUUGUGGGAACAGCUCUGAUGCAGGGAAGUGCCCUGAGGGCUACACAUGCCUAAAAGCUGGCCCAAACCCAAAUUAUGGCUACACUAGUUAUGACAGCUUUGCAUGGGCUUUCUUAGCCCUUUUCCGGCUAAUGACUCAAGAUUUCUGGGAGAACUUGUUCCAGUUGACUCUCCGUGCAGCAGGGAAGACGUACAUGAUCUUCUUUGUAGUCAUCAUCUUCUUGGGUUCGUUCUACCUCAUCAAUCUGAUUCUGGCUGUGGUGGCCAUGGCGUAUGCUGAACAGAAUGAAGCCACCAUUGCAGAAGCUAAAGAAAAGGAGGAAGAGUAUGCAAAAAUCCUGGAACAGCUCAAGAAACAAGCUGAGCAAAAGAACAGCAUGGUGAAUGGCAGUAAGACAUCAUUAUCCAGCAAAAAUAAAGAUGAUGACCAAAUUCAGAACGACUAUGAUGGGAUCGCAUUGAAACCCCUCUCAAAGUCAAAUGGAUCCAAAGGCAGCAUGAAUUACUUAGAAGUCCCUGACUCGCAGAUGAGAAAACCGAGUGCAGUGAGCACUACAGACAAUGCUUUAGAUGAGCUGGAGGAUAUUCAAAGGCCGUGUCCUCCCUGCUGGUACAAGUUUGCUGACAUAUUCCUGAAAUGGGAUUGCUGCUUGCCAUGGGUGAAAUUCAAGAAGUUUAUCUGCCUAAUUGUAAUGGACCCUUUUGUGGAUCUGGGCAUUACCAUCUGCAUUGUGCUUAACACUGUGUUCAUGGCUAUGGAGCACUAUCCUAUGACUCCACAUUUCGAACACAUGUUGUCAGUGGGAAACCUGGUUUUCACCGGUAUCUUCACAGCAGAGAUGGUGCUAAAACUUAUUGCACUGGACCCAUAUUAUUACUUUCAAGUUGGCUGGAACAUUUUUGACAGCAUAAUUGUGACCAUGAGUCUGGUAGAGUUGGGCUUAGCCAAUGUUCAGGGCUUGUCUGUGCUGAGGUCCUUCCGUCUGAUGCGUGUGUUCAAGCUGGCAAAAUCUUGGCCAACGCUAAACAUGCUGAUAAAGAUCAUCGGUAAUUCUGUGGGUGCUCUCGGGAACCUGACCCUUGUCCUGGCCAUUAUUGUCUUCAUCUUUGCUGUUGUGGGGAUGCAGCUUUUCGGAAAAAGCUACAGGGACUGUGUGUGUAAGAUCUCGGGCGAUUGCGAGCUCCCUCGCUGGCACAUGACAGAUUUCUUUCACUCAUUCCUCAUCAUCUUUCGCAUUCUAUGUGGGGAAUGGAUCGAAACAAUGUGGGACUGUAUGGAAGUGGCUGACCAAGGCAUGUGCAUCGUCGUCUUCAUGAUGGUCAUGGUUAUAGGAAACCUAGUGGUGUUGAAUCUCUUCCUGGCUCUGCUGCUCAGCUCCUUCAGUGGAGACAACAUGUCAGCGUCUGAUGAUGAUGGGGAGAUGAACAAUCUGCAGAUUGCCGUUGCUAGAAUGACAAGAGGCAUUGAAUGGGUGAAGGCCUUCGUUAUCGGACAUUUGACACAAUGUCUGGGCCUGAAGCCAAAGGAAGAGGGUGUGAAAGCAGACGAAGAAAUCGAUUCUAAGGUGGCCACCAUGAAUUUCAGUCUGUCCGUUAUCAAAGUGCCUAUAGCCAACGGUGAAUCGGAUGAUGACGAUGAUGGCAACAGCUCUUCUGAGGAUGAAGACAAAGAGGACGUCGAUAAAAAUAGUAAAAAGACAGAUGGAGAUGAAUCAUCAACCUGCAGCACAGUGGACAAAGCUCCUGAGGUAGUAGAGGUGGAAGAAGAGGAAGAAGAGGACUCCACCGUCCCUGAGGACUGCUACACAGAGAACUGCAUCAGGCGAUGUCCUUGCUUGGAGCUUGACGUUGCCCAAGGUAAAGGGAAGGCAUGGUGGAAUUUCCGUAAAACCUGCUUCUCCAUUGUGGAGCAUAGCUAUUUUGAAACCUUCAUUAUCUUCAUGAUCCUCCUCAGCAGUGGAGCUUUAGCAUUUGAGGACAUAUACAGUGAACAACGAAGAAUGAUUAAAAUCAUUCUUGAAUAUGCAGAUCAGGUCUUCACCUAUGUGUUUGUCAUUGAGAUGCUUCUGAAAUGGGUAGCCUAUGGAUUCAAGGUCUAUUUCACAAACGCAUGGUGUUGGCUGGACUUUCUCAUUGUUGAUGUGUCCCUGAUCAGUUUGACUGCAAAUAUCUUAGGCUACUCUGAACUGGGGGCCAUUAAGUCUCUCAGGACUUUGAGAGCGCUGAGACCUCUUCGAGCUCUCUCCAGGUUUGAAGGAAUGAGGGUGGUGGUAAACGCCCUGGUGGGGGCCAUUCCAUCCAUCUUCAACGUUCUUCUGGUCUGCCUGAUCUUUUGGCUCAUCUUCAGCAUCAUGGGAGUCAACCUUUUUGCUGGAAAGUUCUACUACUGCUUCAACUCAACAUCCGAAGAAGUUUUCCCAAUCACUAAGGUCAACAAUAGGAGUGAGUGCUUGGAGCUCACAGAGGCUGAUCCAAAUGUGCGCUGGAUGAAUAUGAAGGUUACCUUUGAUAACGUAGGCAUGGGAUACCUCUCCUUACUGCAAGUGGCAACAUUCAAAGGAUGGAUGGACAUCAUGUAUAGUGCUGUGGAUUCUCGUGACGUUGAAAUGCAGCCGGACUAUGAGUCAAACCUCUACAUGUACAUUUACUUUGUCAUCUUCAUCAUUUUUGGCUCUUUCUUCACCCUUAAUCUAUUCAUCGGCGUCAUCAUUGACAAUUUCAACCAACAAAAGGCAAAGUUAGGAGGAACUGAUAUCUUCAUGACAGAGGAGCAGAAAAAAUACUACAAUGCCAUGAAGAAACUUGGCUCCAAAAAGCCACAGAAACCAAUACCAAGGCCUACGAACUGCUUCCAAGGUUUGGUUUUUGACCUGGUCACCAAGCAGUUCUUUGACAUCUUCAUUAUGGUGAUGAUCUGCCUGAACAUGGUGACCAUGAUGGUGGAGACAGAUGACCAGAGUGAAGAGAAGGAACAUAUUCUGUUCCUUAUCAACUUGGUCUUCAUCGUACUCUUCACCGGGGAGUGCAUUCUCAAGAUCAUCGCCUUGCGCUAUCACUACUUUUCCAUUGGGUGGAACAUUUUUGAUUUUGUGGUGGUCAUUCUUUCAAUCACAGGUCUUUUACUGGCAGAUCUCAUCGAGAAGUACUUUGUGUCACCUACACUGUUUCGCGUCAUUCGACUGGCCAGAAUCGGCCGCGUCCUGCGGCUUAUCCGGGGUGCCAAAGGAAUCCGGACAUUACUGUUUGCACUGAUGAUGUCCCUUCCUGCCCUCUUUAACAUUGGCUUGCUUCUAUUCUUAAUCAUGUUUAUUUUCUCCAUAUUUGGCAUGUCCAACUUUGGGUAUGUGAAAAAAGAAGCGGGCAUCGAUGACAUGUUUAAUUUCGAGACCUUCGGGAACAGUAUCAUAUGCUUGUUCAUGAUCACAACAUCCGCCGGCUGGGAUGGAUUGUUGGCACCUAUACUCAACAGCCCACCAGACUGCGACCCGGAUGUGGAGAACCCGGGAUCGCCUGUCCGAGGAAACUGCGGGAAUGCUGCGGUAGGCAUCGUCUUCUUCUGCAGCUACAUUGUCAUGUCCUUCCUCGUCGUGGUCAACAUGUACAUAGCCAUUAUCCUGGAAAACUUCAACGUAGCGACCGAAGAAAGCAGCGACCCCUUGUGCGAAGAUGACUUCGAGAUGUUCUAUGAAACCUGGGAGAAGUUCGACCCCACCGCCUCUCAGUUCAUCGCUUACAGUAGGCUGUCUGAAUUCUGCGACACGCUGAAAGACCCCCUGAGAAUACCCAAACCGAACACCCUUAAGUUGAUCACAAUGGACCUUCCCAUGGUCCCUGGCGAUAAGAUCUACUGUCUGGACAUUCUCCUGGCCCUCACUACAGAGGUGCUGGGAGAUUCUGACCAGAUGGAUGCCAUGAAAGCAACUAUGGAGGAGAAAUUCAUGGCCAAUAAUCCCUCGAAGGUUUCGUACGAGCCCAUCACCAGCACUCUCAGACGGAAGCAAGAAGAAGUGGCCGCUUUGACCAUUCAAAGUGCCUACCGCAAGCACGUCCUCAAACGCGGCCUCAAACAUGCCUCAUAUAUGUAUAGAGAGAAGAUGAACUCAAAGAGACAAGGUGAAGAGGCUCCAGAAAAAGUGGGGAUGAUAGUUAAGAAAAUGAGCCAUCUGUAUGGAGAUCAAGCCAUUGAGGAUGACAAACCUAUGAGUUUCUCCUUCUCUCAACGUGGGAAACCACAGUAUGGGGUUAAGCAUCCCUCGGUGAGAGUUCAGAGCGAUGUGGUCUUGCACUCUGCCCCUUUUCCCGCUCCUGACUCCUCAACCGCUGCGGAAAACUGGAGUGAGUCCAUUGUGUAACAGGUUUAAGCCA